CUAACACUCAGACACAACGAGAACCCUCUGGCAGUCAGCAGAUCUAAUUUUAAGAUUCAAGUUCUAGUGUUUUUUGGAUUGCGUUUUGCAGUUCAAACGAAGCCAAAGGCAAACGAUGCAGACAGCAGAUAAGGCAGAUGACAAUCUUUCUCACCUGAACUAUGGUUUCCAACAUGAAGAGCAGCAGCCCCAUCCAUAUCUGCCUCCUCCUGUAAUAUAUCCAGCUUUACCUCAGUACCCCGGUCCCCAAAACCCACAACAUCUAUACCAGAAUUCAGAGAAAUACUCGCCUGCUCAGAACCUCCAUCAGUAUACGCCUCAAGCAGAACCUGUUAAUACACACCACACGUUCACAUCUGGACUCUACCUUGAUGUUAAUCCGGUUCACAAAUCUUCCAGGAGAAAAAAAUGGCCAUUUAUUCUUGGCAUAGUCAUCACCCUGCUGGUCGUUGCUGGGGUCAUAGCUGCGGUGCUUUGGUUUUAUGGUCUGUUUGAUUGUUUGCUAGGAUCUCGCUGUCAAACGGAUAACAAACAUGUCAGUCUUUCGCAGUGGUGUGACGGCAUGGAGAACUGUCCUUUGGGAGACGAUGAAAUUCGUCUGUUUGGAUCUAAUUUCCUUCUUCAGAUGUAUUCAAAUGUGACCCGAAAAUGGGAGAAUGUGUGUUCAGAUAGAUGGAAUGACAGCCUUGGACAGCAAGCGUGUGAGAUGAUGGGAUACGAGAGGAGCACUUAUGUGGGUUAUGAGGAGAUUGACUACAUGCUGGUGAAGACCGAUUCUCUCAGCUCUUCCAAUCUGACAGGUUUUCUCAGUAAAACUUCAGACUGUCCAUCUAACAAAGCAGUGGCACUCAAAUGUAUAGGUAAGAUAAUAGUUCCAAGUUCUUUUUUU